AGGGAAGAGUGGAGAGGAGGGGGGAGAGAGACGAAGGGAGAGGGGCCAGAAUUCCACGUGUGCCCCGACAAGCGAGUGUAGAUGGUGGGGGACGGGAGAGGGAAAGUGAGGAGAGACGAGGGGAUAGAAUCCCGCGUGUCCCUCGACAAGGGAGUGUAGAUAGUGGGGGGCCAGAGAGAGAAAGGGAGGAGAGGCGGGGGGAUAGGAUCCCUCGGGUUCCUCGACAAGGGAGUGUGGAUAGUGGGGGGUGGGAGAGAGAGAGGGAGGAGAGGAGGGGUGAGAGAGGAGGAGAGAAGGAGGAGAGGAGGGGGAGGAUUAUGCGGCAAGCGAGUGUGGACAGUGGGGCAGAGAGGGAGUGGGAGGAGAGGAGGGAAAGGGAGAGGGAUCGGGAGGAGAGGAGGGAGAGGGUGCCUCGACAGUCAAGCGUUGACGAUUACAGGGAUAGGGACAGAGACAGAGACAGGGAAAGGGAGAGGGAGAGGGAGAGGGGAAAGUUUGAAGAUGUAAGGCGAAUGCCUCGGAUGGCAAGGCAAGCGAGUGUGGAUGCCGGAUGGGGAAGAGAGAAGGAUAGGGAGCGGGAGCGGGAGAGAGAAAGGGAGAUGGAGCGUGAAAGGGAACGGGAGAGGGAGAGGAAUCGGGGAGGGAGGCCGGGGGGUGGGAUCCCCAGGCAAGCAAGUGCGGAUGGGGAGAGCAAGGGGCGCAUUGCCCGUGGGGCCAGCAUGGACAUGGGUGCGCUGAUUGGGGGGGGGGCUGUGGAGAGAAAAUACGUGGGACAGUCACACUCCUCACAGUCACACUCCGCACACUCACAAAUGCCGCGAUCGCAGUCGCAGCAGCAGCAGCCGCGCGUGCCUCUACCCAGACGUGCUUCUAUCGAGGGCGACUCUCCCCUCCGAAGCUCUGCAAGCAUAGGGAGUGGGGGGAGUGGGGGGGGGGGUGCAGGUGGGGGCGGGCCUAGCAGUCCCCAUAGCCCGAAAUCAUCCCGUGCCUCCACCUCUGCCUCUGCCUCUGCUUCGCCUGCUGACGACAAGGGGGGAGGAGAGAAGAAGAAGAUCUCCCGCCUCUCGUCGCUCUCUUCGGAGGACCUGAAUGCAGUGGGGGCGGUGGAAGGGGACACAGCGUGCACCGUGGAAGAAAUCCAAACGUCCUUUUUCAAGUCAAGCAAGAAGGGCGGGCUGCUAGGGUUUGCCAAGAGGGGACUGGCGCAGAUGAAGAGGGGUUUUUUCGGGAGUGGGGGGGGGAGCGUGCUGGGGCGGGAGUUUGGGCGGCUGGAGAAGAAGUAUGUGAUGAUGGAGAAGGAGCUUGGGGCGGGGCAGUUUGGAGUGACGCGGGUGGUGCAGUGCAAGCAGACCGGCCGGCAGCUGGCGUGCAAGUCGAUCAACAAAGGGGAUCUUAAGAGCAAGGCGGACGUGGAGGGAGUGAAGCGGGAGGUGAUGGUGCACGAGAUGGUGGGCGGGCAUGCCAAUGUGGCGAAGCUGGAGGACGUGUUUGAGGACGACGAGGCGGUGCAUCUGGUGAUGGAGCUGUGCCACGGGGGCGAGCUGUUCGACCGCAUCAAGGAGAGACGGCGGCUGGACGAGAGGGACGCUCAGGGGAUCAUGCAGCAGGUGCUGUCUGUGCUGGCGCACUGCCACCAGCACGGCAUAGUGCAUCGCGACAUCAAGCCAGAGAACAUCCUCCUCAAGUCGCAGCAGUCACUCUCAGACUGUCGGGUCAUUGACUUUGGCAUUGCUGCUACCGUGAAACCAGGCUCCAAGCCCCUGAGUGAAUUUAUGGGGUCGCCAUACUACGUUGCACCAGAGGUGGUGGAAGGCAGCUACUCCUUUCCUGCUGAUAUCUGGAGUGCCGGAGUGGUGUUCUAUGUUAUGCUGGCCGGUGUCCCGCCCUUUUGGGCGCGCACCGAAGCCGGCGUUAUCAAAGCUAUAAAGGAAGCAAAGGCGAGCUUUAGAGGGGAUGUGUGGCGAGGAGUGAGUGCAGAGGCGGUGGAUCUGAUCAAGAAGAUGCUAACGAGGGACACUAAAAAGAGGAUAACUGCCUUGGGUGCCCUUGCGCAUCCGUGGUUUGGUGCACACCUGCGAUGAUGCUACUACCCCAAGGAUGUUGGUCUAGUAUUGGCUGAGUUGCAUACAAGAUGGAAAUGGUGCGUACAUACAAGUCAUACCGUACCAAUUAGGGCAACCUUUUCUGGCUUAUGGUGGUUUUGCACAGUAGGAGGCUUUUAGAGCUCAAAUCAUAGUGGACACCACGUAGGCUCGUUUGUUGUGGAAAGUCUUAUGAAUGAUUUAUGUUUUGGGUGUAGGUGAUUACUCGUGUUAUUGUUUUAGCUGUUUUCAGGGAUUGGUUUCUUACGUU